CGCCGACCAUACGCCACCGGCUGCACGUGAGCGCGCCCCCCAUCACGGCCAACGGCAGCGUCCCCGCCGCGGCCUCCGGGACCACCGUGACCCCCGUGACGACAUCCUGGCCCAGCCCGACGGCCGCACCGCGGGGGCAGCUCCCAGUCGCGGCCGCGCCCACCGCCCCGGUGACUGCCAAGACCAAGACGGCCACGACGUCGACGGCGCGCCCGCCCACCCUGCAGACCCGCCCGACGAUGGCGCCGCCCAGGGCCAAGCUGCCCAGGAUGACGUCGACGGCGAUGCCGGCCGCCCCCACUGUGCCCAAGAAGUCCCCAACGGCGCAGACGGUGACGACGCCCAGCCAGGCCGAGCGGCCCAACGCGGCCGACGCCACCGCUUCCACCGUCGUGGCGGCCACCAGCGGGCGCCAGGACGCCGUCGUGUCGGCCGCCUCCGCCAAGGUGGCCCCCAACACCAGGCCGCCCGACGACGAGCAGUACCCGAUGUACGCCGAGUACCCGGACGUCUCCGUCAACCUCACCAACGCUGGCCCCAGCGGCGGCGACAGCACGGAGGGCGACGUGGUCCCGGACCCCGACGCAGCGCUGCGCCAGGAGGACGAUGAGCGCGAGCGCGCCUCGCUGGCCGGCGACGACCCUCCGGACAACAUGCAGUUCCUGGGCGAGGCGACCGCCGUGCAGCAGAGCCCGACCCGGGAGGACAUCAUCCCCGAGGACCCCAACGUCGGCGUGCUCUUCGGCUCGGUGGCCGACAUCCGCAUCGCCGGGGACGUGUCCGGGGCCGUGUCGGGCGACCUGGAGGCGGGCUUCGAGCACGCCCCCGUCGAGGAGGGCGCCGUGGUGCGGGACGACCUCCUGGGCAUGCCCGUCGAGCCCCAGGACCCCGACCUGCGCGAGCGGGACCGCCUUGACGGCGACGCCUACCGCGACCGCGAGCGCGCCGAGCUGCAGCUGCACAACCAGGGCGCCGCCGGCAAGCAGGUGGUGAUCGUGGGCGCGGCGCUCGCACUGGUGGCGCAGUUCCUCUGCCUCGCGUCCGCCACGCGCCGGAUGCGGCCGGGCCACGUGGACGUGUCCACGGCCGUGCUCUUCAACGUGGAGCUGGCGCUCAUCGUCGAGAACCUCGUCUUCAUGCUGGGCGUGCAGUCGGUGGGCGAGCCGCUGCGCUGCCAGUGGGUGGCGCUCGCGCUGCACUACCUGCACCUGGUGGCCGCGGGCUGGUUCCUCGCCAACACCGCCUUCCUCUCGUACCGCAUCCGUGCGCGCCAGCUGCCCGCCUACUUCAAGCCCGUCGCCAUCUCCGUCUGGGCCGUGCCCGCCGUCCUCGUGGCGGCCAUGUACGCCGCCCAGCCCCGCUCCUACGAGACUCACCGCUACUGCUGGAUGGCUGUUCAGCGCGGGAUGAUCCUGACCUUUGUCUUUCCCGUCGCCGUUCUCAUGACCAGUGUGAAUUGGUCUGAACUGAAUUUGAAUUGA